AUUUCUCAGUUUCAAGCCUUAUUGUUUUCUUGAAAAAAGAACUUCAAACUAUUCUCUCCCCUCAGCAAGUACAGAAUUCAGUUGGAAAAUGGCUCCUCGGCUAGUUUUUCUGGCAACCCUUUUGUUGUUCUGCCUUGCUCUGGUUUCAUCUGAUGUUGAAAUUGAAGACCAACAGAAACUGGUGACCAGAGGUGCUAACAGAAGGCUGUUACCAUUCAUGGAUUGUGGACGACUGUGCAAGGUGAGGUGCAGCUUACACUCGAGGCCAAAUUUGUGCAGCAGGGCCUGUGGUACUUGUUGUGUGAGGUGCAAGUGUGUUCCUCCAGGCACUUCAGGGAACAGAGAAAUGUGUGGAACUUGUUAUACUGAUAUGACUACCCAUGGAAACAGAACAAAGUGUCCUUAAAAUAUAAGGAUAGGCCCUAAAAACUUAGGAUUAUGUUGAAACCUAAGUCAUGUUGUCCUUUGUACUAGGAUGUGGUUUUCUUUAUGUGUUAUGGAAGGUGUAUCUAUAUCUACAUGUGUCAUGUUUGGUGGGGACUUGGUCUUGAAACUUUAUGUUGUUACGAUGAUGCAAUAUCCUGCUGUCUCUAGCUAAUGUGCAAGUAUUUUCUAAGUUAAAAUCAUAUCCUUUCAAUUUUUUA